AUGGAAUUUCCAGAGAAAGGACUCAUCGUCGCCAUCAUUGACGCAAACCCCGGAAAGGGCCAAGGUAUCGUCGACGCAUACGCCGACUUCAUCAAGACCCUCAAGCCCCGCGAACCCGACUGUAUCCAUUUCGUUCUCUACCGCCAGAUAGAUGCCACCACCGGGAACGAAAGAUUCUUCACUGUCGAAAAAUUCACGAACAUGGAGGCGUUGAAGUUUCAUCGCACAAAUCCUGCUCUUGAUGUAUUCAACAAAGUCGUGGCGAAGAAGGAUUUGGUGGCCAAGCCGAUCAAGGUGGCUACAUGCGAGCCCAUCAUUGCCAUGGAUCCGAAGUGA